AUGUUUCCUCUCACCGAAGCCGCAGCUCAUCAUUGUUACGAAGACAUUCAAUUGAUUGAAAAAAGUCCCAGCUCUGGGCAAGACUCUGGGUCCAAUGAUCGCAGCCCUGUAAGAGGCUCGGCAGGACCAGCAGAGCAUAAUCAAGUUUCGCGCAAUGCAGAGGUCAAUCAAGAAGGUAUUCUAACAAUCCACAAUGACGAAAAGUUAGACGAUAGCAUAUUAGAAUGUUUAGGCGAUGAUCCUCAGGCUAUAACAGCAAAAGCUGCAGACCUCCAUAGCGAGGUGAUAAAAAGGUGGUCUUAUAUAUUGACAAAUGGCAUGGAGAAAGAAGAUUUAGCAGAACUGCUAAAAAAGUACCCAUCCCCAAAUAAUUUUCCUAACAUAGAAGCACCGGAAUUAAAUUUGGAAAUUUCACGAGCCAUAACACCUAUGUCUCAAAAGCGCGAUAAAUACCAAAUACAGGCUCAGACUCAAUUACAAGCUGGAAUCACAGCUAUUGGGGUAACAAUUAACAGCAUUCUCAAAGAAAAUAAUGAAUUUGGUAAUACAUUAAUAAGGGGCCUUACUGAUGCAAGCAAAAUUCUAGUUAAUUUACAGAGGAAUUUAUCCUUAAGUCGCAGGUAUGCAAUUGUAGGUCAGCUGAAUAAAUCUGUGAGGCAACUAGCCCUUGAAAGUCAAAUUGAUUCAAAAUUAUUUGGUGCAGAUUUUUCAGAAAAACGCAAGGUUUUAAAAGAUUUAGAGAGAAGCAGUAUAGACCUAAAACGGGGCACUCCUUAUGAACAAAAUAAACGAACUUCGACAGUCCCUAAACAAAAGACUGGUAAUUUAAACCAGAAGGACCUACCGCGAGCUGUGAGGGAGUCACGGUACUACAGGCCAAGACCUCUGAAAACCAAGAGAUAUCAAGACAAGAGACAAAAAUCUUUCAGAAAAUCAUUUCCUGUAAAGAAUCUUACCCUGGUAGUGGGGAAACUCUCAGGAAAGCUUUCCUAA